CCGUCGCAACCCGAUCUCACUUUUCCUUUUCGCUUCUCUUAUACAAGCACCACCUCCACCGACAUGCGCACUGCCAUCAUCUUUGCGACGAUCAUGGCUGCGACCACCAACGCCAACGCCAAGCUCACGCCCGCCGAGCGCAAGGAGCUCACGGCCGACUUGAAGCAGUGGCAGACCCUCUUUGGCGACUCUGCGCAACGCAACGGCUUCGUUCCCGAAGGUCUCAGCCUCGACACGCCCAACGACGAGCUCCUCGUCCGCAUGAAGGCCGCCAAGCAGCGCGUGCCCGAGCUCGCCAAGGAGAACCCGGACGCCUCCUUCACCCACCUCUCGCCGCUCGCGCUCCUCACCAAGGACGAGUUCAAGCACUACGUCAUGAAGUCGUUCAAGCGCGGCAAGCGCGCGCUCCGAGCCGACAAGGUCGACUGGGCCAGCGUCGGCGCCGCGUCGGCCUCUGGUGGCGUGGACUGGACCAAGGACUCCAAGUGCGUCAACCCCGUCAAGAACCAGGGCAACUGCGGGUCGUGCUGGGCCUUCUCGGCAACGGGCACUGUCGAGUCGGCGCACUGCAUUGCGACUGGGACGCUCCUCGACCUCUCGGACCAGCAGACCACGAGCUGCGCCAAGAACGGCAACUUGGGCUGCGAAGGCGGCCUCGAAGACCGCGCCAUCACGUGGAUCCACGACAACGGCGGCAUCUGUCUCUCCAAGGACUACCCGUACACGUCGGGCAAAUCCGGCCAAACCGGCUCGUGCAAAUCGUCGUGCACCAAGCAGAAGCUUGCGAUUGGCGCGACUGUCAACAUCAAGGGCGAGGGGCCGCUCGAGACGGCGCUCAAGACGCAGCCGGUCUCUGUGGCCGUCGAGGCUGGCAACCAAGUGUCGAUCACGCCGUGA